AUGGCUGACAGAUCUGUCAAUUCCUCUGAACGGACCGUUUUUGAUACCCCUCUCUCAUCAGUUACUUUAAACGUAACCACCCUCUCCACGACUCAUCACUUCAUCGACGUCAAAUUGACUCAUUGGAACUUCUUAUUUUGGAGGGCUCAAGUUGUUCCUUUUCUCAACGGACAUGAUCUAAUGGGUUUCAUCGACGGAACAAAUCCUUGCCCGCCGGCCACGAUCUCGUCCGGUGAAGAGGGAGCUCUGCCUCUGCCGAAUCCUGCUUAUCAUCCAUGGGUUCGUCAGGAUCAGGCACUUCUCUCUAUGCUCAUGUCAUCAUUGUCUGAUGAAGUUAUGUCCUUGGCUAUCGGACAUCACACCAGCCGUGCAGUGUGGACUGUUGUUACCUCCGCACUUGCCUCUUCAUCUCGGUCUCGCUCGUUGAACCUUCUCGGGCAACUUCAGACGUUGCAACAAGGUGAUGCUUCCGUCACUGAUUAUAUCGGCCGGGCACAGGGUUUGCGGCCUGAAUUUCGGGGUCUUGUAUCUUCUCUCAAUGUCCGAGGAACACCGAUGACCCUUCAUGAACUCUCGGACCUCCUCAGUGCCGAGGAGUUCGUUGCCGACAGUGGAGGACCGUCGCAGACAACUUUUUCCGUCCAGAAAUUAUAA